AUGAAUAAAUCCAUGAUUGAAGAUAUAUCAGAUGGUCUUGAAUCACGCCCUAUAAGUCUGGUCUAUGAUGACAUCAAGGAAUUGGAAGAAUUAAAAAAAUUGCAUCGGAAGUAUGAUGUACAUUGCGUGGUCAAGUUGUCCAAUGGGUUAGUGACAAAUGAGCCGUUAAAUGGUUCCUACUAUGAUGGAUGUGAUUGUAAAGACAAUUGUGUAUCGGAAGAUUGUGGGUGUAAAUCCGCACAUGGAUUUUUUUAUAAUAAUACAAAUCGUCGAGGCCUAAACAUUGACUUCCUACCUUCUAACUCAUCUUCAUUGACAAACAUCACACCAUCACUUUAUGAGUGCAACUCUUCGUGCACUUGCGCACCAUCUUUAUGUCUUAAUCGUAUUGUGCAGCAUGGUAUUCAAAUGCCCCUUCAGAUAUUCAAGACUACAAACGGGCGUGGAUGGGGUGUACGUGCCUUACAGAAGGUGCAUAAAGGGGAAUUUGUGUGCGAGUAUGCUGGUGAAAUUAUAAAAACUGAAGAAGCUCAACGAAGAUGGCGGGAAAUGAAUGUGAAAGACGAAACAAUUGAAUGUGAUACAGCACAAAACUAUAUCCUAUGUUUAAGAGAACAUGUACAAGAUCGAAUCCUUCGAACCAACAUAGAUCCAACUCAUAUUGGUAAUGUCGGAAGAUACAUAAAUCACUCCUGUUCACCGAAUCUUUGGAUUUAUCUAGUUCGCAUUAAUUCCUUAAUUCCCGUUGCUGCGCUGUUUGCCAAUUGCGAUAUUGAUGCGGGAGAAGAAUUAACAUUUGAUUAUGCUGGUGGACAAUUUCAAAGCGAAAGUCCUACAGAG